GACAGACGCGUGGUUAGGCUGGGGAUUUUCCUAUAAUCGCCUGCCAAUAACAAAUAAACGAGGCCAAUAUCUACACCUAUAGAAGUGGAGGGGGCGUGUCACAGAUAAAUCACGUGCAAGACAGAAUAUGGACAAAAACAUGAACGGGUCUAUGAAUGGACACGCGCUGUCAGGCGCACUCAAUGGUGUUCAGAACAUGGGAAAUGCAAAAAUGCCAAGGCUUCAAGGUAACGGUGUUGAUCAGACGAUUGUGAAUGGUGUAGAAAGGAGUAAGGAAAAAAUGUUGAAGAUGAAAAAAGCUAUGAAUGGAAUGGAAAACCAGACCCUGUUGAAAUGUCAGAAUGGACUCGCAAAUGGCUGCGCGAUGCGUUCUGGAGUACCAGCCGAUGGAAGUGGAAGAGACUUGACUUUCCUGAAACAUCUGACAGAGGUCAUCAUGAGUGACGCCCUGGAUAAAGCUCUAAGACCCGAAAGCAAAGUGGUUGAGUUUCGGCACCCCAAGGAGCUGGAAUCGCUUGUGGAUUUGAGACUGGAAGACAAGCCAGUUGGAGACGUACAGUUGCUGGACAUGUGUCGAAAAGUGAUCAAAUACAGCGUCAAGAGUGGUCACCAGAAUUUUUACAACCAGUUGUUCGGAGGAUUCAACAUGUAUGGCUUAGGUGGAGCUUGGUUAACAGAGGCGCUCAACACCAGUCAGUACACUUUUGAAGUGGCACCUUUGUUUACGCUGAUGGAGAAAGAAGUGUUUAAAACCAUGAGGUCGCUAAUCGGAUUUAACGAAGGAGAUGGUAUAUUUUGUCCAGGGGGUUCCAUCUCUAACAUGUACGCCAUCAGUUUGGCCAGAUUCAAGAAGUUUCCAGAAGUUAAGACAAAGGGCAUGCAUGGAAUCCCACCCGUCUGCAUUCUUACAUCAGAGCAGAGUCAUUACUCUUUGAAGAAAGGCGCAGCGUUCCUGGGUAUUGGACUGGAUAACGUGAUGACUGUCAAGUGUGAUGACCGAGGCAAGAUGAUGCCAGCAGAACUCAGGAAGACGAUAGAUAAUGUCAUCUCACAGGGGUUUACACCAGUUAUGGUGAACGCUACUGCAGGAACAACUGUUCUGGGAGCUUACGACCCCAUUGAGGAGAUCAGUGGUAUCUGCCAACAGUAUGGCAUAUGGCUGCACGUGGAUGGUGCGUGGGGCGGAAGUGUUCUGUUGUCAAGGAAGCACAGGAACGUGAUGGCUGGAGUGCACAAGGCUGACUCAAUGACAUGGAAUCCUCAUAAAAUGAUGGGAGCUCCUCUUCAGUGCUCUGCGUUCCUCACCAAACACAAGGACCUAUUGGAUCGAUGUCACAGCGCCAAAGCGACGUAUCUCUUCCAACAGGAUAAAUUUUACGAUGUGAGUUACGACACGGGAGACAAAUCUGUUCAGUGUGGUCGCAAGGUUGACGUCCUCAAGCUGUGGCUCUUGUGGAAGGCAAAAGGCAACACAAGAUUCGAGGAAGAUAUCAACAAUGUGUUCGACUGUGCGAGGUACUUAACCGAUCGAAUUGCGACGAGGCCAGGAUUUAAGCUAGUUUUAGCUGAGCCCGAAUGCGCCAAUGUGUGUUUUUGGUACAUUCCACCCAGGCUACGGAAUCAGCCAGAAACUACAGAAUGGUGGGCCGAAAUUGGAAAGGUGGCACCUGAAAUUAAGAAGAGGAUGAUGAAGGAAGGGACAGUUCUCGUGGGCUACCAGCCCCUCGAACACAGGGUCAACUUCUUCAGGAUGGUUAUUGCCAAUUUACAGACGACUAGGGAAAACAUGGACUUCUUCAUCAGCGAAGUGGAAAGGCUGGGCAACGAUCUGUGAAACACAGCUGCAUGUCUGUAACAUUUUCACGUCACCGACUUUUGACAUUUGGUGUAUACCUUUGACAGAUCUAUGGCCUCUUACAGCUCCCUAUACCCAUCAAGACAGGGAACAUUCGGUCAUGUUCAAUCAGUCUGUUUAUUUAAUAGCUCCAUUGUACAUGGGAUCACACGUAUGUAAGGUGUCUUACAUUAAUGUGCUGCUGCUGCAGGUGUAGCUUUUAUCUUAACAAUAAUUUGUUAUUUGGCUAAGCCAGGAUUUUGUUAACAAUCUUGUGUAGUGUAGUCGGAUGCUGAAUCACAGCUGUCCCUUUCUUCCCUGCAGGUUGUGUAAGAUCUAUCUUCCCUGCAGGUUGUGUAGGAUCUAUCUUCCCUGCAGGUUGUGUAGGAUCUAUCCUCCCUGAAGGUUAACUGAUAUCCCAUCCCCUCUUUCUUAUACGUUGAGUGAGAUCUUUUCUUCCCUACAGGUUGCGAGAGCAAGUCUCUCUUAAUCUCUUAACAGGUUGAGGAAUAUUCUUUUUCUUCCCAACAGUAGGAGAGAUAUCUUUUUCCUUCCCAACAGCUUAAGGGUUAAUCUUUUCCCCUCAUGCUGAAGGCCUCAGUUUGAAAUAUUUGCUAGAACCAAUUGGGAGGUUAACGAUACCUUUUAAUAACACACUAGAAUUGUGUCAGUAUCUGGUCACGCGCAACAUUCAUCACUCUUUGUUUGAAAAAGUGUUGUUUUUUUUUAUUAUGAUAAAUAUUUUGUUGUUUUUAUAUAUUAUAUAUUUAUGACCCGAUGUCUGUAGAUUAAUGCUGUACAAUGAAAAUAUCGUUUAAUGUGUACAUUUGUGUGCUGUUCGAAUAUAGACUGAAAUUACAGUGUCGUAUCCUGCUUCUUGGGAGCUUUAUGCUUCAGUGUACGAAGCGAAUCUCAGUUCACAUCGUGUAUUUGGCCUAGCUGGGCUGGGUCACUUAACGUUUGUCAUCUGUAUAGGGAUAUAUAAGACAAGGUAUCAUGGUUUACGAGCAGCUGCUAGUGUGUCCUCUUUUCCCAAUGCUACCAAGCGCAUGAGUAAUUUUCUUCCAAUUGCCUUUUACAACAGGCUAGCUUUUGAAAUUAUGUUUUGUGCAUAAGUCACCGUUUGUUACUUAUUUUAUGUAGUGUACAAAUAAAAUAAAAUAUU